AUGUAUCUUCCGCAAGAGAUAAUUGACCUUAUCACAUUUUACGUCGAGAUCGACACUUCGCAAUAUCUUUCAAGGACAUCGACUGCUCGUGCAUUCCGGAUAACGAACGACAAGAACCGGAAGAAUUUGGCUCAACUCCGGUUGGUCAACAAAAGCUUCUGUCACAGUGCCUCAACCCGUCUCUUUCGACACAUUAUAGCCAUAGCCCAUUCAUCGUACGACACCACCCAGUUACCAUCUUUAGGAAGGCUAGUGAACCUGUCCAAAAUCCCAUAUGCCCAAUAUGUGCGUCAAGUCGACAUUGGAUACGGUUCCUUCCCAUGUUCGAUACGAGAGAUUAGCUUAUACACGGAAGACCUUGCCGCCUUGCUGUCUUCAUGCUUGCGUCAAUUUCACAAUCUCAAAGCCCUCGACUUCCGUGGUCCGCCAUUGGCACUCUUGCCCCAUGAUAAGAUAAAAGCAUCCAUCGACUCGAUACUCAUGUCGUUAUGCUACGUGCCUCUGCCCAACUUGACGGAACUUGAGAUUCAGUUACCAAUGACGAACGAUUUUGCCCCCUUAUUUGCCGAGAACAUCAGCACAUUGCGGAUACCGAUUGAGCAGACUCUUAGCUGCCUUCAGUAUCUCGGAUUGCACGUCUAUGCGCAGACAAACCAGCAAUCCUGUGCGGCUUACUUGUUAAGGAUCGUGGAGCUUUCAACAAACCUGACUUCCCUCUCACUCAGUAGCACCAACUAUCUGAGCAUUGAUAGUCUUGAACUCGGUUCAGAAGUUCACCUAAGGUUUUUGUCAUUGCACAAAGUGAGAAUUUCAUCUCGAAAUCUCGUCAAUAUUAUUGAGCGAUGUAACGAGUCGAUGCGCUAUAUCCAGCUAAAGCAUGUGAAGAUCGAGUCU